AUGGUGGCUGGUGACAACAAUUCGGCCAUGCCAGGCGGUUUCAUCGUGAGCCGUAUGGACCCAUCCGAGGUCUUGAACCUCGCCGGUGAAUUCGUUGUACAGUAUUAUACAGUUAUGCGUAAAUGUCCCUCCGGAUUACAUCGGUUCUACAAAGAUGACUCCGCCAUGAUACGCGAAAAUGCUACAGUUUUCGGUCAAAAAAUGAUUCAUGAGAAAAUAAUGAGUAUGAAUAUUGGCAACUCCCGUGUGGGCAUUUUGCGGCUUGAUGCUCUUAGAGCAAAUGGAAAUAGUGUUCUUAUUCAGGUUUCUGGUGAAGUCAGCUUUGGUGGCUCGGAGUUUCGUCGAUUCAUGCAAAGUUUUGUUUUGUGUGAGCAGGCGCCGUAUGACUUCUACGUGCUUAAUGAUAUAUUUCGGUAUCAAGACCAUGUUUAUGGUGAUGUGAAGGCGGAAAACGUUCCCACGGAAGUUGAAACCGAAACGCCUCACAGAGACGAAGUAGAAACUCGAGAUGAGGAGCCUCCACGUGAGCCGGCUCCGUCUCCACAAUCACCAGCUGUUCAGCAAGCAGUAACUCAAGCGCCUUCAAGCGUUGAACCCACCCAACCUGCACCACAACAGCCGCGUAGUUGGGCCCAGAUGGUUUCCAAACAACCAUCUCACCCAGUUGUUAACAUGCAGUCAAAGCCAAUGCGCGCUUCAAUGCCCGCACCCGCAGUUCAGGGUUUCGACGAUUCCAACAAAGGUGUUCGCCCGUCGGCUGCGACCGCCGGCACAUCGUUGAAUCAGCGGUAA